AUGUUCUACGCAGCUCAGUUGGUGUCCAGGGAUGGCCCCCUUCAGGUGUUGUGGGUGGCGGCCACCCUGGAUCGACAGCUCAAUCGGCAGCUGGUGGACGGAACCGCCAUCCCCCGGAUGGUGGAGGUGUAUUUGGCCCCGGAUGCGCCCGGGGGGAUAUUCUCGGGGGGACCUCCUCAGCAACCGGGGGGGGGAGGGGGAGAGGCAGGGGCCAGCAACGGCAAGAGGCGCAAGGCGGCAGGUCGUCAUGGCGGUGGCGGUGGCGGUGGCAGGAGCACGGAUGCCGCCCCGCUGGCUCUGAGGCUGAGUGGGCAGCUGCUGCUGGGGGUGUGUCGUAUUUACUCGCGUCAGGUGGCGUACCUGCUGCAGGACUGCGAGCGGGCACUGCUGGUGCUAAAGAACAUAAGGCCCAAUGAGGUACCCCUCGCGUACGGCACCCUGGACCAUCAGCAGCAGCAAGGGGACUCUGAGGCGCGUGGUGGAGGCAGCGGCGACCACCCCCAGUCCAGCAUCCGUACGAGUGACGACAGCGACAGCCGCCGGGCGGUGGCGGCACGGGGCCGCAGGCGCAACGGUGGCACCGGCGCCGGCGCCGCGCUGGCUGGUGGCGGCGCCGGUUCCAGCGGGGACAUGAUGCUGGCGAUGACGUCAGCGUACGACGAGGAGGAGAUCCUGUUGGAAGGAGCCGGCAGCCACAUGUCCCUCCUACAGCAGCAGCAGCAGCAGCUCACGGGUAUGGGUGCUACAGCUACUCCGAUGACUCCGGCAGCCCCCGGUGGCGGCGGUGGUCUUCUCCUGUCUAACACGGCCCGGGGCCGGCACUGGUCGUCCGGUCUGGGAAGUGGUUUCGGAGGUGGUGGUGUUAAUGGAAGUGGGUUAAUUUUCAGCGACCCGCAGUAUCCGGCUGGUACGGCAAUGGCGACGACAACAGCAACUGGAGAGGAUGAUCGCAAUCAGUACUUUGAAGAGAUGCCGGAGCACUUCGAGUUCGAUUUGUUCGAGCAUGAAAUUGAGGCGCUGAGGUACGUGUCCCUGGCAGGAGUCCUGGUUGGGCAGCAGCAGCAGGGGCAGGCAGCAGGCAGUGAUGAAGCCGGCGGUGGCCCGACCUGCACACCGCCGGUGGAAGCGUUACUAUCAGCUGAAGAAGAUGACGAAGGCGGGGUCGCGGAGGCCAAGGCAACGGAGGGCGAUCAGGGCGAGUUGGUCCAGUCGCCCGAGUCCUCCCCCGAGCAGAGUGGUGGUGACGGAGCGCAGACGAUGAUGAUGAUGAUGAGUGCAGCAGUGGAAGAAGAAGAAGAAGAUGGGCGAGUGGAUGAGGAAAUGGAGUCCGAGGAUGAUCACGAUACGUCCGAUGAAGGUGGAGGUGAAAAGAAUGCGGACGGCGAGGUGGCGGCAGACGAUGAUGCUGCCGGGGGACCGAUGUCAGCGGCAGCGGCGGAGGGCGACGCAACGGAUCAAGUUCGAGAGGAGUACGACAACGGCGGACCGUCGUCAUCGUCGCUGCUGCUGCCCGUCGCGGGAGGAAACCCCGCAGCGGCGGAUGAUGCAGUAGCAGCAGCAGCUGCAGCAGCACACAGCGACGUCGACGGCGCCAAGAGCUCCGCUUCCCCCUCCUCAGCUCCACCAUCACCAUCGCCAUCAGAAGCGCAGCCGCCGCAGCCGCCAGGGACGCAGAAGCCUCGUCGUGCUGCUGCGCUUCGCGCCCAGGCCGCACUGGUGUUAGCAACAACAUCGGCGGCGGCGGCGGCGCCCGAUGGAGAGGAACCCGACGGUGGUGGCGGCGGCGGCGGCGGCGGCAAGACCGGGAAGAAGAAACGCACGUCGUCGAGUCCGCCAGCACCUUCAGCCGGCCCCGGUUACGGCGACCGAGCAGUUGUAGCAGCGGCAGGGGGCCCUGCCGGCAGCACCGCCGCUACCGCCCAGGGUGAGCAUCGAAGCAAUCGCAACGCGGGCGGCGGCGGUGGCGGCAGGAGCUUGACUGCUGACGUGGACCGUGAGGGCCGUACACUCACCACGCUACCGGCACAUUCCAUGCGGGAGCUGCUGCAGGACCGUACCCCACUGCUCGACAUCAACCGCCGAAAGGCCGCCACCCUGCGCCUCUACUCACCACUACCCUCCGAGCACCGGAUGCCGUACUUCUACGGCAGCCGCCACAACCAGCAGCACCGCCGCGGCGGCAGCGGCCACGGUGACGGCGACCGUAGUUAUGGCGGCGCCGCUGCUGGCGGGUGGUGCGUGGCGGAGCGGCCGCUGGAGGUAGCGGCGGGCCCUGCGUCCUUGCCCUCCCGGACUCUGGCGCCAGGGCUGCAGCACCUCUUCCUCGUCCUGGCGGGAACGGGUGAUGAUGACGAUGGCGGCUGUGGCGGCGACGGCGACGGCUACAGCCCCAACCCUAACCCCAACCCCAACGGCAACGGCAAGACCAACAUCCGAACCUCCGGAUCGAAGAGAUCCAGAGAUGGCGACGACGGCGGUAGUAGCGGCAGUAGUGCAGACGAGGAGGUGGUGGCAGCGGCGGCGGAGAGUACUGAGGCGGCUGGUGCUGGUGCUGGUGGUGAUGAUGCGUCAUCACACCCUUCUCCCCCUCCCCUUCCUCCUCCCCCGUCUGGCAACGUUGACGUCAGGUCUACCGCCAGCCGGGCUUCGGAGGGAGCAACGGUGUCGGCGUCGGCUCAUGCCGGUGAGGUACGGAACGGUGGCGGCGGCGAGCAAGCCUUUGAGCAGCGGCCGCCCCAGCCCCAGCCCCAGCAGCAUCAGGGGGGCGUCAACGGGGGACAGGGUGACAUGGGCGAGGAGGAGGGGGAGGAGGAGGAGGAGCAGACCACCACGAUAAUGGCGGUGGAGGAUGCCGGAGCGGUUUCGGAGGUGCGGCUGUACGUGAUGGAUGACGAGGACACCAUAGCUGGUGGUGCUGGCGGCGCUGGUUCUGCUUGGGUUAGCGAGCAGGAAGCGGAUGGACCCCAGCACCCCCACCCCUAUUCCUACCCGAACCGUGAGGCGGCUGACAGCGCAGCUGCACCCCGGCACAGGCGGUGCACUGCUGCUGACAUCGCCGCUGACGGCUUUACCUCUCGUACCCGUACCGUACUGCGGACGCUGCAGCAGCAGCUGCUGGACCGCAGCCUAGAGGGCGGGGAGGAGGGGGCGGGGCCCCGUGGGGGGAAACCGGCUGCGAAGCGCCGCCGACUGGAGGCAGUGGCGGAAUGGCAGCCGGGUCAGCGGCAGGAGGCGGCGGAGGUGGAGGUGGUGACCACGGCGGCUGAGCUGCUUCGCUCCCUCAUGUGGACCCACAACACAGAUCCCGACAACACACCACCGCCACCAUCAGCACCACCACCGGAUGCGGGUCGGGCGGGGACAGUGCAGUCACGCGGGACACCUGAGGGUGAUCCUAGGCUGGGCUUUUUUGUGGUGAUUCGCUGUUAA